AUGAUGAUUGGUGGGCGGGACCGGGGCCGAACCCAGACCUACCACUCGGGGCGGGACCAGCAUGUGAGGGCGUGCCCGAGGGGCGGGGCCUGGGGUGGGGACGCGGUGGGACCCAAGCCUGAGCGACUGCCCGCCUUCUGGGCUGGGCAGCUUGCGUCUGGGUCUCGGGGAAAGAAUGAGCCCGCAGUGCGCAAGGCCCAAUGGAGCCCCUGGGCUCCCGCAGAACCGGCUGGCUCUCCCGUUGUCUCUGAGGAGCGGUUCAACCUUCUCUCGACCCUGGAUCUGAGGCAGGAGAUGCGGUCCCCGCGAGUUUUCAAGAGCUUCCUGAACCCACUUUUCCAGGUGCUGAGCGUGUUUUUAUCCCUGCUAGGAGAGGUGCUGGUCACUGUGUACAGGGAAGUCUGUUCCAUUCGCUUCCUGCUCACGGCGGUGUCACUGCUGAGCCUCUUUCUGACAGCACUCUGGUGGGGUCUCCUGUACCUGGUCCCUCCUUUGGAGAGUGAACCUGAGAUGCUGACUAUAAGCGAGUACCACGAGCGCGUGCGCACCCAGGGGCAGCAGCUGCAGCAGCUGCAGGCCGAGCUGGAUCAACUCCACAAGGAGGUGUCCAGCGUUCGCGCAGCCAACAGCGAGAGAGUGGCCAAGCUCGUAUUCCAGAGGUUGAAUGAGGACUUUGUUCGAAAACCCGACUAUGCGCUGAGCUCUGUGGGAGCCUCCAUCGACUUAGAGAAGACAUCCCGCGACUACGAGGACGCAAACAGCGCCUACUUCUGGAAUCGCUUCAGCUUCUGGAACUAUGCGCGGCCGCCCAUGGUUAUCCUGGAGCCAGAUGUGUUCCCUGGGAAUUGCUGGGCUUUUGAGGGCGACCAGGGCCAGGUGGUGAUCCGGCUGCCGGGUCGUGUGCAGCUGAGCGACAUUACCCUGCAGCAUCCUCCUCCCAGUGUGGCACACACCGGGGGGGCCAACAGCGCCCCCCGCGAUUUCGCAGUCUAUGGCCUCCAGGUUGAUGAUGAGACGGAAGUUUUCCUGGGGAAAUUCACCUUCGACAUGGAGAAAUCUGAGAUUCAGACUUUCCACCUACAGAAUGACCCCCCAACUGCCUUUCCCAAGGUGAAGAUACAGAUUCUAAGCAACUGGGGUCACCCCCAUUUCACAUGCUUGUAUCGAGUCCGAGCCCAUGGCAUGAGAACCUCGGAGGAAGCAGAGGACAGUGCCACAGGGGGGCCCAAUUAAACAUGCUGAUUGUUAAAAUAGAGUGGAGGUCUGUGCUGAAAGAAGCUGGAGCUGGAUCAGUGCUGGAGGGUCUGUUGGGAGCUCUGGUUGCCUUUGGUAUAUAAAUAUGAUAGGGGGUCUACCUCCCAA